AUGAUGAAUUCUCAAGAUACUUGUCGUGGAGGUUGGAGUCGGGGAAGUCGUGGGUGGAGGGGCACAGCACGCGGCAGAGGGGUGGGGCAAACGCGUGGUUGGCGAGGACUGGGAAACUCAAUUCCCAUUUCAGCAGAACAAUCAACACCACCACCUGCUCCUCAGCCUCUGGGGCCAGCAGUGGAUAGCAUCGAUGUGAAUGCACUUUUGGUCGAGCUGGAAGCUCCAAUAAUACGAGAUGUUCGCUACAUCGCCUCCUACAACUGGGUCAACGGCAAAAGCCCAGAGAUUCUCGUUCCCGGAUGUCCUCCAGCUUGGAACCCACCUGCCGAAGACACACGACUGAAGCCAGACAGCGAGGAUGUAUUUCGAGAUAUCAACGCCGCUAGAUAUCCCGCAUACCCCCUGGAGCCUGCUGUUCGAUCAGUGCUUGCUAUGCGGCCGAACUUCGAGUUUAAUUCUUUGGACAUAGUGGGAUGUGGUAGUACACUCGGAAAUCUUAUGAGGUGCGCUGGAGGCCAAUACAAGCCCUUUCGAUUCGGCGUCAAUGUGGUAGGCGACACAGUCCUCUUCAUUCGACGAGAGAACUCCCCUACGGACAUCAUUACGGACCUGCAGGGCUGGGGUCAUACGUUCCCAGAAGCAUAUACAACUUGGGAUGCAGACGUUCGAAACUCUUGCUCACACCAACGAAUCAUUCAAUAUGACUUUGGCGGGUUGGAUAUACUCAUCCGAACAGAAACGGACGGCUAUGUCAAGCCAAGCAAUUCGAAGCGGGCGUUUGAUACCGCAGGUACUAGUGGAGGUCUCACACUUGAGGACACGCUUGACAGAAUUGCCGUUGGUAUCGAAAGACCAUCUCAGAGUGGAAAGUUGAAGAUGAGAAUGGCUGGCAAUGUAGUUGCACAAGGUCAAAUUUUCGACAUCAAGACACGGGCCUACUACAAGUCCUACAAUAUGGAAGAGAUACUUCCCAGGCUCUGGGCGAAUCAAACCCCCAAUUUUGUCAUCGCGUACCACAAUUCAGGCCUGUUCGAUCAUCCCACGGUUACCCCCAUCAGGCAAAAGAUUCUCGACUGGGAAACAGCCCACUCGUCCCUCUUGGCUCGGUUCCACGCUCUCAUCAAGCGAAUUAUGGAUGCGGUUAGAGACUCAGACCACAGCUGCUUCGAGAUCAGCUGGGAUGGCAAUGGCCCUCUGUGUAUCUCGGAGCAGAUUGAGGAGGGCAGGACUGCACUUCCGUCUGACCUUUUGAGCCUCUGGGGCGACAAAGAAUAG